AUGGUCAGCCUUCGCGUUGAAGAUAGAUACGAGCGUGUCUUGUGCGAGACAUGGCUGCGGACAAUCGACUUCCUCGUCCCUGGCAGGGAUGACAAUACCUGGUGCAAGAUUCAGGAGAACUGGAGUGCAUUUCUCUCAGCAAGCAGCCGCCAGCCCUCCCACCUGCCCCCCGAGUUCCAGGGGCUCAGAAGCAUCUCGGGGAGGGAAGAGACUCUGGAGGAAACCAGAAAACGACUCCACCUAACCCGUCAGGGACGGCAGGCCAUAGACUUUUGUAUCCGAAACCGCAUGGAUAGAUAUGAGGCAAGGACUGAUAAAUGGCUACUCAACACCUUCGACGGCAUAAACACCCGCCUUUAUAUAGCCUUGGUGUCCUUGGCCGCCCCUGAGGACUGCGACAUUCGGCAACAUUAUCACACAAGCUUGACGGGUUUCAUAUCCUUUCUCGUCUACUCUCAUGAAAACGGCAUGCUUCGCGAAAUGGGUCUUAAGCUGGACCAUACCCGGCGCAGCGAUCUUAAACUACUUGUUUCUUCCAUGGGUACGACGGGGUCGUGCAUGGAUAAGCCGUUAGAUACCACUGAUUAUGAUUGUUUGUGGGAUCGCAUUGAAUGGAUCAUGCGUUGGUCAAACAACUUUGACGAGGAUGCAGAUCCACGCCACGAACCGCUGCUUUGGUGGACGGCUGUGUUAGUUCGGGCUGCAAUCGCUGAAAGGUGGGAGCAGGAGGAAUUUAGCAAUAUUGGCGAUGACAGGAAUCCCUUGCCCGAGAAUCUUGGGAUCAGGGAACACAUCGAUGCCAUAAUGCACUGCUACAGAGUCUUCUUACUGAAUGAGUCGUACAAGUAUUGGCGGACGUGUGCGAAAGACGCGUCUGCAGGAGGAGUGGGAGGUCCUUCUUACAACAAAAACAACGACAAGGACAACAGGAUUCUCAAUUGGCUUGAGGGGGUGGAGGGACAGGAGCUUCAUGCCCGCAGCGACAGGAGGUCAUGUUCAAGCGAUUCUUGGCCGGAAUUACUGUCGAAGAUGAUCAUGGACUUAGACGACUGCCUCGGGCCACACCGGGAAACAUCUUUGACGAAGAUACAAGUCCUCCGAGACACAUUGGUGGACUGGGGCGAUAGGAGGCAAAGCGAGACGAGCAGUGAAGAGGAAUAA